CGGAAGGUCCGACGACAGCUCCAUCACAACCUCACCCGACGACACAAUGCUUGCCCAAUCCAUCAGGGCUUCGCGCCAGACGCUGGUACGCGUCGCCCGACAGCAGCCAGCACUCCUCUCCCGACGCACAUUCAUCAUCCCCACGGCUGUGCGACCAGCCGACCUUGUGCAAGACAUGUACCUGCGGGAAUUGAAGGCCUAUAAACCCCCGCAAGUCAAGGCAUCCGAUGCCGAAGGCCACGUCCAGAAAUUCACCAUCCCGCCGGCACCGGCAUCGCCAGAGGAGGCCGACAUUGCGAGCGAGUUGAAGGCAUACGAGACCCAGCAGGUUGAGCUCGAGGGCGCUUCUACCGAGGGAAGCCCGGCACCUGUGGAGGAGGACUGGUUUGAGGAGGAGCCGGAGGACGAUGCACCAGCUGCACAUUAGAGGAUCUCGGGACAUUUCCAGCAUCACCGACCAACUGUAUAAAAUUCCAAUGGAUUGUGUCAGUACCAAUUGAACAUACCGCUAAAUGCAGUAUUCCGGAG